GUAUGGAAAUGCCUCAUUCUAACACUGUAAAACCAUACACUUUAUGUAAUGAGUUAAAGACUACGAAGACUAUGCAAUCAAUGCUAAGGGAAAGGUAACACUCCCAUUUUCUGAAUACAGUUCAGGUGUGGGAACUGAAAGUUGUGAUCACCUGGGUAAAUAAGGUGUAUAAAUACACUUUGAAUAAGGUUGCACUGUGGCCUGUUUGCUCUCGUGUCUGUUUUGUGGGGAGCUUCCUUUGGCAUUUUUGUGUGUAAUUAUGUAAACAUUAUGAAAUUGAUAAUACAUGCUCUAGAGAUUUUGGGGGAAGAGUGAUUUCACAGUUGAAUGCUCCAAGAGUGGCUGCUGUACAGAUGUGUAACAGAAGUGGUAUGGUUCGGACCCUAUAAGGAGGAAGAAUACCCAGUCCACAGAAACGUGCUGCAAACCUGUUUUGAAAAAAACCUGAGUCUUUUCUAGAUAAGAUGGCCGGGUUAGAAGCAAGGCUGCCAUGGCCUAACAGGAGCACCUUUGUGCUCCACUGGUUCAAAUCGGUGUCUGACUCAGAUUUUCACAGCCUCUACAGUCAUCAGCAAUUUGAUGGUUUCCUGGAAGAUCUUUUUAUAGAAGAGACUUUUGCUUUUGUUCCUCUGUUAUACCAUCAGAAGUGUUUUGUCUCACUUGCCAUUAGCAAGCUAUUGUUACAUACAGUGUAUUAGGCAAAGCUGUGUGGGAAAUUAUCCCCUCCUCACAUGCUUCUUUGUUUAUAUAGGGUCUGAAGGCUUUGUUCUAGUGUUUUGAAAAUGUCCUCCACUUUCCUGGUGGACAUUACAUCAGCUGUUUAUCUUCACCUGCAUUUACACUUGUAUCUCUGCAGACUAUAGUCUGUUGAAGCUCUGAUCCAGCGUUCUGUUUUCAUCACUGUUUAAUGGUGUCUGGUAAUGCAAUGCAAAGUGGACACCAAUACUUUCUCUGUAACAGGGGUAUACUGUACAGAUUAAUCCUGAAUUGCUAAAUGUAGGACAAGCCUUCCCUCUAGAAGAGUCUUUCUCACUAAGAGAGGCUCAUAGGAUGUGCAUUGAGUCAGUCCCAAUUUAAUCGCCUUGAGCAACACCUUAGCUGUUAAGAGCCUGUCUAAUGACCAAUUACAAAGUGUGGCUGGGAUUCCCCAACAUGGUUUUGUUGGAGCACUCAGGUUCUUUGUGCAGAGGUUGAAUACUGAGGCCUGCCUUUGAGUAGCUUCUCCUGAAAUUAACUGUUCUUUUUCUCUUUCUUUCAGUUAAAGAUUUCUUACAGGACUUCACACAGUCUUUUGUACAACUGCAUGUGGAGCAGUUUAUUUCUCUGAGCCUAGGGCUGACUUCUCAGGAAGAGGUGUGAGAACCCUCUGCUUCAGUGCCCAUGAAGGCAGCAACUCCAGCAUCCUUUUUCAGAACUAUGCCAAGAAAACGAAAGCUGUUGGCUCAGUUAAGUGCUCUCCAAAGUGACAGCAGCUUCGCUUCCUUUGAUGCCUUGGGGAACCUGAACACUAAACCUGAUGGUGAUUCUUGUCCAAAAAGCAGCAAAUAUUUUGCAGCAGAGAAAAAAAAUUCUUCCCGUCUGGAAGCAGAUUUUUUCAACCAGCCCUGUAUUAGCCUGGCCAAGUCCUUUCUGGGACAGGUUUUAGUUCGCAAACUUCCUGAUGGCAGAGAACUCUGGGGGAGGAUUGUUGAAACAGAAGCUUAUCUGGGUGGGGAAGAUGAAGCUUCCCACUCGAAAGGUGGGAAGCAGACUCAACGAAAUGCAGCAAUGUUCAUGAAACCAGGAACUCUGUACGUGUAUCAGAUCUACGGGAUUCAUUUCUGCGUGAAUGUUUCCAGUCAAGGGGAAGGGGCUGCAGUAUUGCUUCGCUCUUUGGAACCUCUGCAGGGAUUAGAUGAGAUGAGAGAGAUGCGCAGUGCUUCAAGGAAAGGACCCACAAAGCUGCUGAAGGACUGGCAGCUGUGUAGCGGGCCCUCCAAGCUCUGCCAGGCAUUUGGGAUUGAUAAGACUUUUGACCAAAGGGACCUGACUCAAGAUGCAGCCAUCUGGAUGGUACCUGGACCUGACCUACCAGGGGAGCAGGACGUGGUAGCCACAACAAGGAUUGGUAUUGGCAACAGGGGAGAGUGGACACAGAAACCCCUCAGGUUUUAUUUACGAGGAAACAGAUUUGUGAGUGUUGUAGACAAGAAAAUGGAGAGAGAGAUGGCAGCAAUAGGACAGCUUUCUUGUCUUGCAAGUGUGCCACCAAGCAGGAGUUGAGCUGUGCUCUGUAUUAUAGCAGUGUUGUGGCAGCAGCUAUAGCAGAGAGAGUGGCCUGGAGGUUUUUAAAUAAUAAAUGUACUUUAUUGCACUUUAUUGCAAUAAAUGAGGCAAGGUGGAAUUUUC